AACCAAAGGACAAGAUUCUGAGCUUGGUGGAGGAGGAGCCUAAAGAUGGAAGGAGAUGUGUUCUCAGGGUUUGGUGAGAGACACAACAUGGAUGGCAAACUGCUGCAGAGUUUCCAGAAGAGCUUUGUGGAUGUUCAAGACAUUUUAGACCAGAACCGGCUGCUGAUCAACGAGAUCAAUCAGAACCACGAGUCCAAACAGCCUGAUAACUUGGGUCGAAACGUCGGUCUGAUCAAAGAGCUCAACAACAAUAUCAGAAGAGUGGCUAGCCUUUACGGCGACCUCUCUCAUUCUUUUGCAAGAUCGAUGGAUGCUUCAUCAGAAGGUGAAUCUAGUGGAACCUUGAAAUCUGAUGGCAAAGUUAACCAGAAGAGGUUUAGAUCCGGUUAGUAUAUAUAAACCGAGAGCCACCACCCGAAGCUGAUUAAAAUUCAAAGAGUCAGAAAGAGAGUUUUACUACUGCAAUAUCUCACUGUUGGAAAAUGAUAGCUACAUACGUUUCACCAAGAUGAUUUUCAUUUUCAGAUUAAUUGUUUGUUUGUUUGUUUUACUUUGAAGAAACUUGUUGUAAAGUUCACACAUUUCAGUUUAUGAUUUGGUUUCUCCA